AACCUCAUUCCCAGCGCCAGUUGUCUCUUUUUUAUAUCAAGAGGGUGAGACAAGUCAGGGCGAGUCAAGAAAUAACUUUUAGCAUCAGCAAAUGUUUUUAAAAAUUUAGUGGGUAAACUUUCGCAAAUCGACAGUUUAGAAAGUUUGUACUGAAUAAACUUUCGCGAAUGGCCAUUUUUGAAAGUCUUGCAAGACAAAGUUUCGCAAAAAAGGUCCAAAAACAAGAAACUCGUUAAAGUUUCUAUCGCGAACGCUUCUCCGAAUAAAGUAUCUCGGCAUUAAAUGGAGCCAAAUGAAUAUUUAGCUCAUGUUAAUUGUGGUGACUUCAGUAAACCUUCUAGCUUUCCUGUAGAACGAUAGGCACCACUCUGGCUCUGGCCUAGUACAGUAUCUCAAAUAAGGUUUGAGAAUGAGGCACCUUUGAUCCAACACAUUUUUUCAGUUUCGAGUAUGUACUGUAUGAAUUGUUUCUUUCAUGUAGGAGUUGAAAAAUCUAUUAGUAACUGCUGCAGCAGAAAUGGCGGCCAAAUCUUUCACGAAACUUAAGCGAUUCGCCUAUUUGCUAAACAUGCCAUUCAUUGAAAAAACAACCUACUACAGGUUGCGAGGUAAGAUAUCUGUAUAGCGACAGCGAACUUAUACUUUUUGUGAUUUUUGUACCAUAUGUAUGGUGUAACUAUUUACAGGUCAGUAUGUAUUCCCAGAAAUUGAACGCGCUUGGAGUGCUCAUCAGUUAGAAAUGAUUGAAAAAGUUAAACAUAAAUCUGAGAAUAUCCAACUAUCAAUAGACGGACAAUGUGAUAGCCCUGGUCACAAUGCCACGUAUAGCACGGAUUCAGCGAUGGACGUUUCAUCUAGCCGAACAUUGGAUUAUAAAAUCGUUGACGUGAAGGAGGUAAAGAAUUCCAAUGGUAGGGAACUUUUUUUGUAUAGGACAAGUAAAACAAUACUAGUAUGCUAUAUCCACCAACUAAUUGUUAUGGUAAUGGAGAAGGAGGGCUUCAUACGUACGGUAAAUAACCUUAAAGACAAUCAUGCUCUGCCCAUCGCUGCAAUCUCUACAGACCAACAUACGUAAAUCAGAAAGUUAAUGGCCACAGACAAAAGGUACAAGAAUAUACGUCACCAAUUUGACCCAUGGCAUAUUGCAAAGAACAUUUUUAAAAAACUAAUAAAGUUGGGCAAAAAAAAGGUUGGUCAUUAGCUACUUCAUAUAUAUAGUGUCUUAUCAUUUACUGGGCCAGGAUAUAAAGAGGUUUUUAAAACUUUUAUUAAGAUACGAACAGCUUAGAGAAUGGGCACCUUCUAUCGUUAAUCACUUGUAUUGGAGUGUGUCGACUUGUAAUGGAACGGGGUUGAGCUUGUCGAGAGAUUUCUAUCUGUGAUACAUCAUGUCACAAACAAGCAUACCUUCCCUGGAUUACAUUACAAAAAGUGUGACCAUCCUCCAUAUACAAGUGAGGAACAGAAACAGAAGAAUUGGAUCAAACCAAGUAGUCCAGCGCACGAUGCUCUCAUCAAAGUGUUAAAGGUACCACAACUUGUUAAAGACAUGCAAAAAAUGAAUAAGAAUAUCUCUACAGCUGGUCUGGAGGUAUUCCAUUCAUUAAAAAUUCGAUACUUGCCUAAAAGCGUAUUUUAUGAAAAAGAUAAGAUGUUGGCAUCAACUGCACUGGCUAUAAUGGACCAUAAUUACAACGCUGAUCGGAAACAGGCCACAUACCGAAAAAAGAACGCUGAUGGUAAAGUUCGAAGGUUCCGUAUUCGUUAUUCGAAAGCCACUAAGAGAUUUACAGCCUUAAAAGUUAGGAAGAUAAAUCGUAUUACUUUAUGCGAUGUAUCCUCAAAGCUAUUCACUUCCGCGCAGUAG